CCGAGCCCCGGGCUGCUGGGAGCCGAUCUGCGCCUGGCUUGCGGCAUGUCUGGGGCCCAGGGACCUGAAGACGCCGAGGCCCGCACGGAGGACGUCCCCUCCCUUACAGAAAUUGAGCAGCUCCUGAACGCUGGGCGGCCCUCUUGCAACCACGUCGAUGAAGUGUGGCCCAAUCUCUUCUUGGGAGACCUAGUAACAGCUCACAACAGAUUUGUUCUGUGGAAGAUGGGUGUGACCCAUGUUUUAAAUGCUGCCCACGGCACAACAUACAGCCACGGAGGCCAGGACUUCUACGGUGCAACGAUCGGUUAUUAUGGUGUGCCAGCCCAUGACCUCCCCAGCUUUGAUAUAAGCCAGUUCUUUUUCUCUGCAGCACACUUUAUCCACAAUGCCUUGAACACGCCAGGAGCUAAAGUCUUGGUGCAUUGUGCAGUUGGAGUGAGCAGGUCAGCUUCCCUAGUCCUAGCAUAUCUCAUGAUCAAGCACCACCUCCGACUGGUUGAAGCCAUCAAAACAGUGAAGGAACAUCGUUGGAUUUCACCCAAUCGUGGCUUUCUGAAGCACCUGCGAAACUUGGAUGUUCAGCUACAGCAGAAGAAACACUGCUGAAAGAGGAAACCCAUUUGCAUUCACUGUCCUGAGCCUCAGCCACCCUCGCCGCUGCGCAUGUGCAGCUUCCUAGGAUUGGUGCAUGUUGAGAAAAAAUGAAAAAAAUGAUGCCUCAAGGAAGAAAUUAAAUACAACUGUACCUGAAUUAAUUCUCACAGCUCAGUUCCUCCAUGUCUAGCACAGCCAACAGUGUGAGCUGUGGAGCUGCUGUGCCUGUCAGGGUGCCUUCUGCCAGAUCACUCCGCCGGAGUGACUAAUGUGGACCAAGUCUGUUACUGUUUUUUUGCUAAUGCCAGAGGCAAGUUCAGUAACUGCAUCCAGAUGCUCUGUACCUUUGAGUCCCCUUUACUUGAAAGGGUAACAUGACAGGCUUCCCCACUUGGGCAACAGUUCUCAUGUGAAAAGGUUCUUGUGUUUCAGGCCUGGUGCUGUGGCCAGGGCAAUUUCUUAAGAGGCUAGGCACUACUACAGAAACAUUCCUCUUUCACUAUCCUGCUAAACAUUGCAAUGCUACAGGAAGCUGUGGCAGCCUGAAGACCCGCACCAGGAGAAUCAGCUCUGUGCAGUUCUAUCCACAGUCUGUGGGUCAGCAAACCCACUGAGCUUGUCUCGUGUAAGUAUGUUUUCAGGAAGCUAAUGUAUAUUAUGUAUUAUGUUGAGGACAUUAAAAGAAAGAUGUCAGAUCUUCAAAGCACUUUGUAAGUUUGAACUCACCAGUUCACACUCCCUUCAAAUUAUCCCAAAUUAGUUCUGUGAUUUGAAUCAUCCCUGGUUUGACAUCAAGUAGGAGGAGCUUAGCUUACACUGAUGGAUAGGCUUAAUUGAUACAAAUUAGUUUUAAGCUGUUUUGAGGACAUUACUUUUCCUGUUGUCAGUUGAUUGGUACUUAAACCAACAUGAUUUUGAAUAUAGCAACAGUAUUUGAAAUUCAUGCUGCCACUCUGCCUGAAAAUUAACUUGUUAUCUUAUGGUGAAUCGUGAAGUGAUAAUCAAAUCAAUUUUUUCUCCUUGCUACUGGUUUGAUAUAUUGAUUAACUGGGUUCUAAUGCAGUCAGGAAAUCUUGCCAAGGAUGCUCACGGGCAAUUCUAAUCAUUUAGGAACAGGGAAAAGGUUAUUUCACAAAAGAGCUUUGCCUCACAAAUAAGAGGCAGCCUGGAGCCCUAGGCAAAGUCUUAGCUACUCACGUUGGUGGAGUAGGAUUUGGAGACAGUCCCUUGGCUCCUCUGCAGCAGCAUCUGGAACUGCAAAUUCUAAUCCAGUCGUGGAUCCAUGCAGCACAGUCCAAUGCGACAAAAAACCCACCGAAGUCAGUAUGCCUCAGGCACUGCUUUCCACUGCCUUAGCAGGGCAGGGAAAGGCCAAAUUGCUCAGCGUGUGCCUGUGGAGAGAGGAGGUUUAUGGCAGAGGCAGGUCCUUCCAGCAGGAAGCUGGAGUGCAGUAGACUGCAAGCAGGAACUGCACGCUUUUGCAUCAGCCUUCUUCAAGAUGCACUUAGCUCAUGUGUUCAGGUGCCAUAUACAUGUGCUGGGCACAAUUUGCUCUCCCCCGUUCAAGCCUGAAAACCAGUCACAAAGCCACAGUAUCACCUGAUGGCAGUCAUGUAAAAUGCCAGUGGAACCUUGUCUUGAUUUUAUUUUCCAGUACAAUAACUGAGGACAUUAGUUGAAGUUUGUGGAAGCCAUUUCUGAAAGAAAGAGGAAGAGGUUUAAGUGAGUUGUGUAAAGCAUUGUCACAGGAUGCUGCAGAGGGUAAAACCUUGUAUGCAUUCAAGGGGUAGCUGGAAAACAUUAAGGGAGAGGAAUCCAUGCAGAGUUACAAGUACUUAGAGACCAUCUAGAUCUGGGAGCUUAGGAGCUGCAUCCAGCUGGAAGCUGGGAGGGUGUUAGAAAGCAGUACAGUACACGCUUGGGCGCUCUUACUUUCUGCAGGCAUCCACUCACAGCCAGUCAUGUGCAGGACAGUGGGCUCAGUGGACCUUUGGUGAGGCUUAGAACAGCUGCUCUCAUGGGCUUUAUUUUGAGCUCACCUCUAAGAUGAGCCCUCCCCUCUUUCCUGGUAGCUUAUUAUUAGAACUGGGUCACGUAAGGCAUUUGGGACUGUGUCUCAGCUGUGCUGACCGACAUUUCUUCCUCAGGGAGAGCCCUGUGCUGGCAGGCACAGCACUGUAGCUCACAUGGGGGGGGGAGUAGGCUUUUUGCAUAACAUUUGCUUAGUGCAGACUUUUCAUUUUUCUGGCUGUUCCCUGUUCCACCAAGAAUGUAGUGCUGAGCUAAUCUGGGAGGCAUCAAGGCGUGUACUCUAUUUGGAGACAGCCACCUGCUUGGGAGCAUCAAACAGCAGCAAAAAGCAUGCUUCAGCAGAAAUACUCCCCCGUGCAUUCUCCAGCAGUGGCAUCUGGCCGGCUCUCCCCAGCCUAAAUCUGCCUGUGGCCAACAAAGAGAACAACACCUGAAGACACUCAGACCCCGGGGUCAGCCCAGGAAUGCUCUGACCCCAGCAAUCCUCUGCCCAGGAACUGCCAGAUAUUUUGGACAGCUGCAAGGUGGAAUUGAAUCACAUGGGUGAAGAGUAUCCUAAUCUCUACACAGGCAAUAUGCAAGUGUUAUUUAAGGCUGAGCUGUUCUGAAGGGCUAGGGAAUACAGUACCUGCUGACAUAUGCUGUCCAAACACUUCACUUGGUUAGCUCUGUUAAACUGCAGUGCCUUAAAACAGGCCUAAGACUAGCACAGGAGAAAGUAAAGAGUAAAAAGACUACCCAUUAAAGAAAGAAUCUACAGGACAGAAUAAAAUGAAUUGGAAACUGACUAAGACUCUGUAUUGCUUUGCAUUAUUUUGUAAUUAUUCAACAUCUGGAUGUUAUAAAUGCUGCAACAACUACCAUAUAAAGCACUCAUGAUCCUGUGUAGCCUUAAAGCUGAACUGUGACUAAGUUUUAUCUUUUCAGUUUAACUAGCAUGGGGAUUUUCACAAAAGAAGUAUUCUAAUUUUUGCUAUUUGUAUGCCAGCUUGAUUUGCAGUCAAAAUGUAUGGGGAUAUUCUGGGUGACAGCAGAUUUAACUGUUUACUUCUCAGGCUUGUGUGGAUGGUUAUGUCUGACUGGAGCAUGGAGAAAGCAUGCAGCCAUCUGCCCUCAGA